AUGGUGGUUAAUUUUCUCGCAAGCAGCGUCUUGCUUCUCCUCUCCUCGAACGUUCUUUCGCCUGUUUCUGCCGCAGUUAUCGGAAGGAGAACCUAUGUCGAAACAGAUAGUGUCCCCGAGGGAGCCCCAACGGUCACUCUAAAAAAUGGAAGUUAUUAUGGUGUUCACAAUGCUCACUAUAACCAAGACUUCUUUUUGGGUAUGCCCUAUUCGCAGCCACCCCUAGGAGAGCUUCGGUUACAAGUACCACAAUCCCUUAAUGAGACAUGGACUGGUACCAGGGAUGCCACGCAAUAUAGCCCCGAAUGUAUUGGUUACGGUAGUGACCAAUGGGUAUUGGGAAACGAUAUUUCCGAGGAUUGUCUUACCAUCAACGUUAUUCGACCAAGUAGUAUCGCUGAGGAUGAGAAGCUGCCCGUUCUGUUCUGGAUUCAUGGCGGUGGUUUCUUCGAAGGUGGAAGUAAGGAUCCAAGGUACAACCAGUCGUUUGUGGUUCAACGCUCAGUUGAGAUUGGCAAGCCUAUUAUUGGUGUCAGUGUGAAUUAUAGGUUGUCAGGUUGGGGAUUCCUAUGGGGCGAAGAGGUCGCUAAAGCGGGCGUUACAAAUCUCGGUAUUCGUGACCAACGUCUAGCAUUGCAUUGGGUUCAGGAGAAUAUUGCUGCAUUCGGUGGUGACCCAGAAAAAGUGACUAUUCAUGGAGAAUCUGCUGGUGGAGCGUCCGUGGGUACACAUUUCAUCGCUUAUGAAGGUCGCGACGAUGGUCUGUUCCGAGCUGGUAUUGCGGAAUCCGGCGGUCCAACGGCGUUGACUUAUUAUCUCAAUGCUUCAGCCUGGGAACCAAACUAUCAGAAAAUUGUUGAUCAAGCGGGUUGUAGCAAUGCAGCCGAUACACUUGCUUGUCUGCGGACUGUACCAACAGAAAAACUCAGCACCGUAUUCAACUCCAGCGAUAUUACUCCAUCGGCCAUGGUUGUCAUAGACGGUGAUAUCCUCACGGAGUCCGCUACCUCAUUGACAAAACAAGGUAAAUUCGUCAGAGCACCCUUGUUGAUAGGCACAAAUUUCGACGAAGGCACAUCUUUCGGCAUACCAGGUAUCAACACCACCGAGCAGUUCAAGGCAUCUCUUUUGUACAAUGCGCCAGAUCUUACUGAAGAAGUCAUCAACAAAAUCGCCGAACUCUACCCUGACAUUCCCAGUCUCGGUAUUCCAGCUACCCUAAAUGGUCGCCCUCCACCAGGUUCACCUUUCGGGACGCAAUGGAAACGCUCAGCUGCAUAUGGGGGUGACCUGGUGAUGCACACGGGGAGACGAAUCACAACGGAAGCUUGGGCUCGAUACGGCGUGCCUGCAUAUUCGUACCAUUUCAACGUUCUCGUUAACGGUGUGACCGACUACAUUGGCAGUACACACUUUAUGGAGGUGGCCUUCGUGUUUGACAACACUGCUGGCCAAGGAUAUGAGAAUGCGGUGUCUGUUAACCCAUUCGCUAACGAGCCCCCAACUUUCAACGAGCUGGCUAGUAUCAUGUCUUCUGCUUGGAUCAGUUUUGUACAUGAUUUGGAUCCUAAUAGCAAUGCUUUCAGUCACAAGAAAGGUAUCAACAGGGAAGGCUUAAAGUGGCCAGCCUAUGACCAGAAGAAUCCGUCAAACAUAGCGUUCAAUGUCAAUGUAACGGGGUUAGCGUAUGUUGAGCCUGAUACAUUCCGGGCCGAAGCUAUUGCUUACAUGGCAGAAAAUCUGGAUGGAAUAUGGGGACUCAUAUAA